UAGCGUGGGGGCGGGGAGGAGAGGCGGCGGCGGCGUAGGAGCUGCGGCGUAGGAGCUACGCCACACGCGGCCGGGGCGCUGGGACCCCGAAAGCAGAGUGGGGUCGUGGCGGCGGUGGUGAGAAGAGGGAGGCGGAGGAGGGGGUGCCAUGGCGGGGCAGCAGUUCCAGUACGAUGACAGCGGGAACACCUUCUUUUACUUCCUCACCUCCUUCGUGGGGCUCAUCGUGAUCCCGGCCACAUACUACCUCUGGCCCCGAGAUCAGAAUGCCGAACAAAAUCGAUUAAAGAAUAUCAGAAAAGUAUAUGGAAGAUGUAUGUGGUAUCGUUUACGGUUAUUAAAACCUCAGCCAAAUAUUAUUCCUACAGUAAAGAAAAUAGUUCUGCUUGCAGGAUGGGCAUUGUUAUUAUUCCUUACAUACAAAGUUUCCAAAACAGACCGAGAAUAUCAAGAAUACAAUCCUUAUGAAGUAUUAAAUUUGGAUCCCGGGGCAACAGUAGCAGAAAUUAAGAAACAGUAUCGUUUGCUGUCACUUAAGUAUCAUCCAGAUAAAGGAGGUGAUGAAGUUAUGUUCAUGAGGAUAGCAAAAGCUUAUGCAGCUUUAACUGAUGAAGAGUCCCGGAAAAAUUGGGAAGAGUUUGGAAAUCCAGAUGGGCCUCAAGCCACAAGCUUUGGAAUUGCCCUGCCAGCUUGGAUAGUUGACCAGAAAAAUUCAAUUUUGGUUUUACUUGUCUAUGGAUUGGCAUUCAUGGUUAUCCUUCCAGUUGUUGUGGGCUCUUGGUGGUAUCGCUCAAUACGCUAUAGUGGAGACCAGAUUCUAAUACGCACAACACAGAUUUAUACAUACUUUGUUUAUAAAACCCGAAAUAUGGAUAUGAAACGUCUUAUCAUGGUCUUGGCUGGAGCCUCUGAAUUUGAUCCUCAGUAUAACAAGGAUGCCACAAGCAGACCAACAGAUAAUAUUCUAAUACCUCAGCUAAUCAGAGAAAUUGGCAGCAUUAAUUUAAAGAAGAAUGAGCCGCCACUUACCUGCCCAUAUAGCCUGAAGGCCAGAGUUCUUUUACUGUCUCAUCUUGCUAGAAUGAAAAUUCCUGAGACCCUUGAAGAAGAUCAGCAAUUUAUGCUGAAAAAAUGCCCUGCCCUACUUCAAGAAAUGGUUAAUGUAAUCUGCCAACUAAUAAUAAUGGCCCGGAGCCGUGAAGAAAGGGAGUUUCGUGCUCCAACUUUGGCAUCCCUGGAAAACUGCAUGAAGCUUUCCCAGAUGGCUGUGCAAGGCCUUCAGCAGUUUAAGUCUCCCCUUCUGCAGCUCCCUCACAUUGAAGAAGACAAUCUUAGAAGGGUUUCUAAUCAUAAAAAGUACAAAAUUAAGACUAUCCAGGAUUUGGUGAGUUUAAAAGAAUCAGAUCGUCACAAUCUAUUGCACUUCCUUGAAGAUGAAAAGUAUGAAGAGGUUAUGGCUGUCCUUGGGAGUUUCCCAUUUGUGACCAUGGACAUAAAAUCACAGGUAUUGGAUGAUGAAGAUAGCAACAACAUCACAGUAGGAUCCUUAGUUACAGUGUUGGUUAAAUUGACAAGGCAAACAAUGGCAGAAGUAUUUGAAAAGGAGCAGUCCAUCUGUGCUGCAGAGGAACAGCCAGCAGAAGAUGGGCAGGGUGAUACUAACAAGAACAGAACAAAAGGAGGAUGGCAACAGAAGAGUAAAGGACCCAAGAAAACUGCUAAGUCAAAAAAAAAGAAACCUUUAAAAAAAAAACCUACACCUGUGCCCUUAUCACAACCAAAGCAACAGAAACAAAAGCAGGCUAAUGGAGUCGUUGGGAGUGAAGCUGCAGUAAAGGAAGAUGAAGAAGAAGUUUCUGACAAAGGCAGUGACUCUGAGGAAGAAGAAACCAAUAGAGACUCUCAAAGUGAAAAAGAUGAUGGUAGUGACAGAGACUCUGAUAGAGAGCAAGAUGAAAAACAAAACAAGGAUGAUGAAGCAGAGUGGCAAGAAUUACAACAAAGUAUACAGCGAAAGGAGCGAGCUCUACUGGAGACCAAAUCAAAGAUAACACAUCCUGUUUAUAGUCUUUACUUUCCUGAGGAAAAACAAGAAUGGUGGUGGCUUUAUAUCGCAGAUAGGAAGGAACAGACAUUAAUAUCUAUGCCAUAUCAUGUGUGCACACUAAAAGAUAUGGAAGAGGUAGAACUGAAGUUUCCUGCACCAGGAAAGCCUGGAAAUUAUCAGUAUACAGUGUUUCUAAGAUCAGACUCCUAUAUGGGUUUGGAUCAGAUUAAACCAUUGAAGUUGGAAGUUCAUGAGGCUAAGCCUGUGCCAGAAAAUCACCCACAGUGGGAUACAGCAAUAGAGGGGGAUGAAGACCAGGAGGACAGCGAGGGCUUUGAAGAUAGCUUUGAGGAAGAGGAAGAAGAGGAGGAAGAUGAUGACUAAGCAGUACUAUGAAUGGACCACAAUAUUUGCACAUAUUUGCAGAUUUUUGCUGUUUUGGAAGUGUGUAAUAAACCAGAAACAGUGCAGAACUGAUGUUGAAGGAGGUGUUAGUUCUUUACUAGAAAUGGGUGCAUAAUAUAACUAGGCAGUGGUGGUGCCUUGGUACAGUCUGAAAAAUGCUUAAGGCUUGUGAAAGCCUUUCAAGUAUGGGAUGGUGCAUUUAUUUCAUCUGCAAAUGAUAAUAAACCCUUUGUUAUAACUG